AGGGAGGCGCCGGGUCGGUUCCGCACCCGGGAUGUGCUGGUGCCCGGCGGCCCCUCCGACUUCGGCUCUCUCUUGCUGUCGCCGCCGGUGCUGGCGGGGCUGGAGGCGGCCGGCUUCCAUCGGCCGUCGCCGGUGCAGCUGAAGGCCAUCCCGCUGGGGCGCUGCGGGCUGGAUCUCAUCGUGCAGGCCAAGUCGGGCACCGGCAAGACCUGCGUGUUCGCCACCAUCGCCCUGGACGCGGUGCUGCUGGAGAGCCCCGCCACGCAGAUCCUGAUCCUGGCUCCCACGAGGGAGAUUGCUGUGCAGAUCCACGCCGUGAUCACAACGAUCGGGAUAAAAAUGGAAGGCUUGGAAUGCCAUGUGUUCAUCGGAGGGACUCCUCUGAGCCAGGACAGAAGCAGGCUGAAGAAGUGCCACAUAGCUGUGGGUUCCCCAGGGCGGAUCAAGCAGCUGAUAGAGCUGGACUACCUGAGCACAGCCAGCGUGAGGCUCUUCGUGCUGGACGAGGCAGACAAGCUGCUGGAGGAGGGCAGCUUCCAGGAGCAGGUCAACUGGAUCUACUCCUCACUGCCAGUCAAUAAGCAGAUGUUGGCAGUUUCAGCCACCUACCCCGAGUCCUUGGCUGCUGCUCUCACUAGGUACAUGUGGGAGCCCACGUUUGUGAGGCUGAACCCCACGGAUCCGAGCCUUCUUGGGGUGAAGCAGUACUACAGAAUUGUGAAUUCCCAUGCCCUCCCACAUAAAACCUUUGAGGAAAAAACCCAGCACCUGCAGGAGCUGUUCAGCAAGAUUCCUUUCAACCAAGCCUUAGUCUUCUCAAAUUUGCACAGCAGGGCUCAACAUCUGGCUGAAAUACUGACAUCCAGAGGCUUCCCUGCUGAGUACAUUGCAGGCAACAUGAAUCAAAAUCAGCGACUUGAUGCCAUGGCUAAAUUAAAGCAAUUCCACUGCAGAGUUCUGAUUUCCACAGACUUGACAUCUCGUGGGAUUGAUGCUGAGAGGGUGAACCUGGUCAUCAACCUGGACGUGCCCCUGGACUGGGAGACCUACAUGCACCGCAUCGGCCGGGCCGGGCGCUUCGGCACCCUGGGGCUGGCUGUCACCUACUGCUGCCGUGGGGAGGAGGAGAACACCAUGAUGAAAAUUGCUCAGAAGUGCAACCUGCAGCUUCUUCCUCUGCCAGAGCCAAUCCCUCCUGGGAUGAUGGAGCAGUUUGAAGAUGGGGAGGUCGAAGUUAGACCUGCAAUACCAGUGCGUCCUGAGGUGAAUUGUGACACUGAGUGUCCUAAACCAGAGCAAGCAGUGCUGCAGCCUGUCCAGAAUGGCUUUUCAGAAAUAGCUCAGCCUCCCUCUAAUCUUCCAAGGGAUAAUUCUUCUGUAGAAAGGCCAAAAAAGACUCUGAAGCAAAAACAGAUAAAAAAGUUCACAAAUGCUGCAAAUGUAGAGAAAAAUAGUAGAACCCCCCAAAGUUCCAGCUGUCGCACAGAGCAGAGGAAUCAAGUCAAACCCAUCUCCAGGAUGGAUGGACAGCACAGCUCUCAGGCUCCAGAUGAAGAGGCCUUAAAAAAAAAUCUUCCCAAAAUUCCAUGCUUGUCGUCUUUCAAAAACCAACUUGCCAGUUCCUGGAGCUUCUCAGAUUUUGUUGAAGACUAUGAUUAUUUCAUUAAAGAAGGGUCAGAGAGAGAGGUGGAGAUUUUAAGAAGUUACUCAGGCCCAGGAGAGCAAGGUGAGCUGCCCAGAAAUGGGGAUGUGGAGUGGGAAGAGAUGGAGCAGCACCCAGAGACAGCAGCAAUGGGGGAUGUGUCUGCUGACAGUGAUGGCUCAGACAGCCCCAGGGGUUCCUUCAGUAGCAGGGCCAACAGCUUGUGCUCUGAGGUGUUUUCAGACACACAGGACCCAAAUGCUGUGCCCACAGCACAGCAGGGGCAGGGCCCUGCAGGUUCCUGUCCUACACCAGAGAGGCCUCGGGAACAAUCCCACGCCCCAAGGCAAAGUGAAAUGAGAAAGAAAGUCCUGAAGCAAAAUGCUAAACACAAGAAAAGUCACAACCAUCAAUUCCCCAGUCCUGCCAUGAGCAGAACUGAGAAGGAGCAGAGCUGCAGCUCGUGGGAUGAUGCUCCCUGCCAGGGCAGUUCUGAGCACUACUGGAGAUGUUACCUCGAUGCCUGGCAGAGCUACUACGCAGCAGUGUCUCACUACAGGAGUUACUGGCAGUUCAGCUGCAUGAAUGCCUACCACAUCAACUCAGUCUAUCUCCAGGAGCUGCUCAAAGAUGGGGAUUGAUGUCCUGAUGCUGCUGGUUGGGACCAAGGCAGGGUCAGUGACAACUGCUGCUCUACAGGACACCGCCAACAGACAGAUGUUGUUUGAGAUGAAGAAAAAUGGUGUCUCCUUAUAAGCAGCUGUGUCUGGUAAAUGUUCUACACAGGUCCAGUGGUGAUGUUACAAUUUGUUAAUAAAAGGAAAAGAAAGACA